AUGUCUUGGUUGCACAUCAUCAUCUUCAUUGUCAUCAUCCUUUUAUUCCUCAAAUUUUCGAAACGAUUUCGUGAUUUGAUCUCCCAAACUCUCGGACUUGAGAGUUCCGAUUGGUUGAAUGAUUUUUUAAUCUGGUCCACAUUGCAUUAUGAUUGGACAAAGGCGUCUGACGUCAUCGUCAACUCAGUUCACGAAGAAUUUAGGAGGAAAGCGCCUCCCGGUGUAAGUUUGAAGUUUGAAGGGAUGCCAUUUCUGUUAAAUGUUGACCAUCAGCAACAACAAAAAGUUCAACAGCAACAAACAAAUCAACAGCAACAUUCGCAAAGCGCGUCAUCACUCAUCAAGCAGCCGACCAUCGUCAAACAACCGCCAGGCAGUCAACUGAUUGACAAUCUCUACUCAAGCAUUGAUUCACUAUCGUCGGCCAACAGUAGCGCAAGUAGCGUUCCCAACCUCAUCGGCAACAUCAGCACAGCCACAGCAAGACCGAUACAGUUUAAAAAAAUAAGAACGGAGAGCAAAUACUCCGACCAUAUGGUUUUCACAAAUGACAUUAUAGUCGAGGGAUUGAGUCAAGUUGUUUACAUCACGUGGAAACGCAACAACCAAUUAGAAACGAGCAAGUGUCGUCUGGACUUUGUCCAUCUGCGCGGAAGGAUGAAGACUAUUAUCAACCUGAACAACAACAUCAACCUGAACAACAACAUCAACUUGAACAACAACAUCAACCUGAACAACAACAUCAACUUGAACAACAACAUCAACAGCAUCAACAACUUAAAUAACAUCAGCAACAUGACUAAUCCUCUGUUAACAAGCAACAACAGUACCACCAACAACAUCAACAACAUCAUCAACACUAGUAACAUCAAUAAAUCGUUGCUGCUCUCGACACAGUUCCUGAACAAGCCAGUUGCUAACAUACGCCUAACAAAUGCCGAUUGCAAAACAAUUGAGAAGACACUAUGCAGGUAG